CAGUCCAGCGAGUCAAUGCAGCGUUUAUGUCUGUGCGCCUUUCCUUAACCGGAACUGUCCCCUUUUACUUGCCGUACCGCGUAUCUCCAUUUUCAAAACGGCUAAGCUUUAUUGCGCACACCAGAAUUGUUCAGCAGAGAAGUUUAAAUAAAGAGCCGGAUCGUUUGAAUAACUGAAGUUUUGAGAACAUAACGUUCUCCCCCACCAGACCAUCAAACAAAAUGAUGGAGCUACCCAACUACAGCAGCCAGCUGAUGCAGCAGCUGUGGACCCUGAGGAAGGAGGGCCACUUCUGUGACUGCACCAUCCUGGUGGGAGACAGCCCUCACCGUGCACAUAAACUGGUGCUGGCUGCAUCCAGCAUGCUUUUCAGGUCUCUCCUGGAUGGCUCCGACACCAUCUCUAUCGACACGGCCAUGGUCUCCUCUCAGGAGUUUGGCUGUCUGCUAGACAUGGUCUACACUGGCAAGCUGCCUAUAGGCAAACACAACGUCAGCCGCAUUGUCUCCGCUGCAGACAGUCUACAAAUGUUUGACGUGGCUGUCGGUUUCAAAAAUGUCCUCACCAGUCUUGUGAACCAGCAACCUCCAGUCCCAGUCCCUUCUACACAGACCGCAAGCAUGACUGUGAGCAUCAAAGCCCAGAGCCUGAACCCUGAAGAUUCAGCUUCACCCAAUGAGGACGACUCGACUUCAGACAAGAUGGAGCCAAUGGCUGAGCUGAAGAAGGAAGACUUUCAAGGUGACAGUGAAGACGCAGAUGAACCAGCAUGUAAAAUAACCUGUGUGGAGCUCUCUGAGUCUUCAGAGCCUGCAGAAGCCAAAACUAGAGAAAGUGUAGAGGCAGAAAGCAACACAACAGCUGCCAACGUAUCCAGUGAACCUGCUGCUGGUUUUCUGGAACAUUUCUCCCAGAGUGUAGCCCUUCUCUCCAGCAUGUCAUCUGUCCUCGAGCUGCUGAGCCAAGCAGCGGAGAGCAGCCUGGAUGAACAGGAGAGACAGGUUGUGUGUCAUUGCUGUGAGGAGGCAGAUCCCAGCUCAGCACUGGAGGAGCUAAUGACCAGAGUGAGGGAGGAGCAGCUUGGUGAGGGAGCACUCCUCAGGCUGCUCCGGACUGUUCAACAGAAAUCUCCUUCCUCCUUCCCCACACCACUGCUUGCUCUGCUGAAGGAGGAGGAGGGGAACACACAGGAGCCUGAAGGAAAUCAGACUGAAGUUGACUCACAAAACAAGAAUGGAACUAUAAGUGAAGAAAAUCUGGAGGAAGAGGCAGAAGAAGAAAACAGUCAGGAGGAGACCAAAGAGGAUGAGAAAGUCAUAAAUGCUACAACAGACUCAUCCUCUCCUGCUCCCUCCUCCUCUUCUCCCUCUCCGUCUAAGCCCUACUCCUGUCGCUGGUGUAAGAAGGGUUUUGCCUAUAAAUGUCGAAUGUUGGCCCACGUGAAACGCUGCCCCAAGUCUCAGGAGUACGAGCAUCAAUGCCCACAGUGCCCUGCCAAGCUGCCAAACCAGCGGGCCCUGCAUCGCCAUCGGGCCGAAGCUCACCGCAACAGUGCUCGAGUGAAGAAGAAGGUGGCCUGUGACCUCUGCGGGCGAACCUUCGCCCACCCAUCAGGCAUGAUAUACCACAAGCGCACUGAGCACUUUGAAGAAAAACCUUUUGCUUGUGAGGACUGUGGUGCAAAGUUUGGCGCCAACUCAUCUCUGAAGAAUCAUAUGAGGCUGCACACAGGGGAGAAACCUUACCACUGCAAACACUGUGACAUGAGCUUCAGUGUGGCUGCUGCACUCGCAUACCACACCAAGAAGAAACACUCUGAAGGGAAGAUGUAUGUGUGUCAGUAUUGUAAGGCCGUCUUCGCUCAGUCCAUUGAGCUGACGCGUCAUGUCCGAACACACACUGGUGACCGGCCUUAUGUGUGUCGAGAAUGUGGCAGAGGCUACAGCCAGGCAAGCGGACUCACCGUCCACCUGCAAACCUUCCACAACAUGUCAGAGCCUCAUGACUGUCAGAAGUGUUGUCUCAGUUUCCCCUCGUUGGAGGAGCAUCGGCAGCACAUCCAGGACUACCACCCAAAAGAGUUCCACAAGUGUCCCACCUGCAACAAGGUGUUCACCAGCAGCACCCUGCUGGAAAAACACAAGGCCACGCACAGUGGAGCCAAGCCCUUCAGCUGUGACCUCUGCAACAAGUCUUACCAGCAACUCUCCGGUCUGUGGUACCAUAACAGGACCAAUCACCCUGAUGUGUUUGCUAACCACACCAGGCAGCUCAAGACCCUGGUCCAGUGUGAUGUCUGCUUCAAAUUCUUUCCCAACUCUACCAGUGUGGCCAAACACCAGGCUGCUGAGCACCAAGGCUCAGCAGCGUCAGCAGUGCACUGUCCCUUCUGCCCGGCUGUGUUGGGUGGGGAGGAGGAGAUGCAGGAGCACAUCAGCAGCCAGCACGUCAGCCAAAGCAGUGAGGCAUUCAGCUGCCCUCUCUGCUCCCUGGUCUGCACCUCCCAGCUGGAGCUGCAGGAGCACCUGCUCUCUGGCCACAUGGAGGCACAAGAGGAGCAGGAGGCUGGAGAGGAGCAAACUUCCACCUCCCACACAGCAAUUCCAGCAGAUCCAACAGGCAGUGAAGGGGCUGAGUCAAUCGUCUCUGAGGAGCAGGCACAGCUGGCAGCCGCCCAUCAGGUGUUUGUGGCUCUGGCAGGUGGAAGAGAGAGCGGAUCAUCAGGAGAGGUGGUGGAGGUCAACAUGUACGACUUGCUGAACAGCUCAGUCACCUUCAUCUGUGAGGACAAACCGUCAGUCCCAGACUCUUAACCAUGAACUUCCAGGAUCACCCUGAACACUGAGCAGUUUAGUCUACAACACAAGCUGAACAGACAUCAUUCACAAUCCAAGCACAUUCAUAAUUUAAUCCCCCUCAACCUUUCUCUGGUAGACAUGUUUUGCAAAUUUAAUGUGUUGAAUGUGUGUUUACUUAAUGUAUACACGGAACCCAGGUUAGCUUAUGAAGUUCAUCCUGAAAGUCAAACUGCAAAAAAUAAACAUGACACCCCUCAGGCUGCCUUCUCUACAUCCAUCUGUCACUACACUACCCAGACAACAACCCCUUGCAGGUGGACUGUGGACUUGUGGCUUUUAAUAAAGGUGAGGGUCCGGCCAUAAUUUUAGUGUGGACGUUCCUGACAUUGGAAAAAACCUUUAGGGAGAAAACUUUCACCAGCUUUUUUUUUUCUUUUCUUUUUUUUGCUUCGCUGUGCAAACUCACGCAAAAGUGUCAUUCAGUUUAUCCUACAACGUUGUCUCACUGUGAAGCUGAUUAUUUUUUUAACAAUUUAUUUUUGAAUGAACUGCUCCCUAAUGAUGACAUUUCCUGGCUUUAUAUUGGUCUUAUUGUCAACUAAUCCUAUGAAGAGACCAAAACCAAUGAUCCAUUAGCUUGUCUCACUGCUCUCACCUCCUCCACCCUGUCUGUUGCUCUCAGCCUCUAUCCACUGGUUCCUUUUGAAGAUGUAAAUCUUUAUAAAUUUGUCACAAUGAAUAUCAUUUUUUUAAAAAAAAGACUCAGUGAAGCUUAACCUAAACCAGUUGGUCACUGUAGAUUUUAACUAAUAUUUACUCCAACAUGAGGGUUAGGGUUAAAGAGCUUUACGAAUGUCUUAAGCAGAGGAGGAGAAAUAUUAACAAGGUUAAUGAGACACUACAGAUUAGAUCAUGCUUGUACGUGAUCUCAUUAGAGAUACACUUGCCCAACAUCUCUAACCAACACAAUGAUAUACAGCAGAACAGCAGAAAUUACAGUGAUCACAACACUGAGAUAUUUGGCAACUGAGAAAAUGAAUAUAAAAAUAUUUUUAAAAAUUAUUUUUAUUUUUUGGUGUGGUAAAUAUGCCACAUAUGCCAUGUCUUUAGAUAUGGUGGAUCCCUCGGCAGAGUGACAUAGUGGCAUAGCUUUAGCAUCCCUGAUCUCAUGAAACAUGGAAUAAUUUGCAGACACAAAUCUGAGCUGAAAGAAACUGAAUGUGAAUGUCUAUUUUGGAUGCUGUCCUUCUACUUGUCUGAUAGAUGACAAAAGAAAUUAACCAAACAGUGCUUUCACUUGUAGUUACCCCUGUUUUGUGAUUGAGUAAACUGAUGAUAUGUGACUGACUUAUUUGAAUGGAUGUCAUAAUAUAUUCAGUGUGUAACAAGAACAGUACAGAACAAAUGAUUCGCUAUAAUUAAGCCAAAUAGUGAAAACAAUAAUGGAGCAACUGCGUAUAAAACGAGCAAAUUGGGUGAAUUGGGUGAAGUAGAUGAUUUCCAAAUAUUUUUAGCAAAUUUUUGAUCCAUUUUUACAUUUUUUUUUUCUUUUUUACAGAAAAUGUUCCCUUCCCUGAUGUUUGGCUGUUGCUCUUUAGUUUUGUUGAUUGUUUUAACCACAUACUUAGCAAGGAUAAGAGUGAAGGCUCUGUCAGUAUCACAGAAAUGUCACCAUAUCCUGUGAGAUUUUUAAGUUUAUAUGUUAAAUAAUUUGCUGAAUUUAGGCCUACUGUAGAUACAGUGUACAGUGCAUGUGGGUGGAUGUGACUCUGGCAGUAGAGUGGCCAUCCACAGGGUCAGUUUGAUUCCGGUCCUCUACAGUCUGACAUAUCGAAGCAUCCAUGGGCAAGACACUGAAUGCCAAAUGGCUCCUGGUGACUCUUCCAUCAGUGAGUGUGUGUGAAUGGUUGCUCCUGAUGAGCAACUUCUGGCACCAAUGUAUGAAUGUGUGUGCCAACUGGUCAGAUGACCGGACACCAUUGGGUCCUGUUCUGCUCGUGGUUUCUCACCACUGUCCCCAAGUGUUGCUCAUGGUAGAAAGCCUGGGUCCCUGUAAAUACAUUAAUCAAGGAGUGUGGUGUAGACUGGCUCAGUUUGGAAAGUGUCAUGAGAUUACGUUUUUGUGAAUUGGUGCUAUACAAAUAAAGACUGUUUGAGUGAUUGAGUGAACGCUGA